CUGCGCACUGCGUACUUGCAUCUACUUUCAGCGUGAAUGAGCAAUCGGUCACUUUCAUCUCACAGUCAGAAGCGGCAGAAGGAAAAGUAGGAGAAGGCAAAGCUAGCAAGAAUGAACGGCAUGGAUGAUGAGCAAGUGGGCCCACAGUCCUUUCUUUAUGGGUGCGAGUUGAAGUCAGGGAAGGAGGUUGUGUUUAACCCAGAAGACGAUGAUUUCGAUCACCAGUUGGAUUUAAGAAUGGUGUGUGUGGACCAGACCACCAGUGAUGAGCUGAACAUCGUAGAGGUAGAAGGCCAGGACACAGAAGGUCAGAAGGUUAAGGCAGUGUUGGCAUCACUGAAGCCUUCCACCCUACCCUGUGUGUGCCUCAGUGGGUUUGGAAUCACUCCCCCGGCUGUGUUCCGCCUCAAGUCCGGUUCCGGCCCCAUCCACAUCAGUGGUCAGCACCUGGUUGUUAUGGGAGGAGACCAGACGUUUGACGAGGAGGAUGACGAGGAGGAGGAAGAGCUGGUCCAGACAUCCAAGAAGAGACCUGCUUCGGCACCAGCCCUUAAAUCUAAAAGGAUAAAAAUGGAUGAAGAUGUCGAUGAGGAGGAUGACGAUGAGGAGGAUGAUGAUGAUGAUGAUGAAGAGGAGAGUGAACCUGAACCGUCCCCUGUCAAGCCCAAGAAGACUCCGUCCAAAGCCCAGACCCCCGCACAGAACGGGAAGACCCCCAAAGCAAACACACCUGCCGGGAAGCAGCCGAAGACCCCCGACUCCCAGGGCAAGGGCAACAAGAAGCCUCAGACGCCCAAAACCCCCCAGGCCCCCCUCUCCGUCGACGAGCUGAAGGCCAAGAUGGCAGCGUCUGUGGGGAAGGGAGUUGGGCUGCCUAAACUCCAGCCCAAGUUUGAGAACUUCCUGAAGCUGAGCAUGAAGGUCACUGAUACCAAGAUCAUCCAGGAGUUGUGGAAGUGGAGACAGACACUGACAGAAAAGAAAUAACAACCUACCCACCAUUUUCUUUUUUUUCCUCAGUUUAAUUUUCCAGACUUUGUUUCUUUGCUUGAAUUGACCCACCUCCCGCCCCCCUCAAGCCUCUGUGCCGCCCACGCCACACUAGCCCCUCCCACUCCACACUAGCCCCUCCCACACCACAGUAGCCCCUCCAAUCCCCCCUCCAGCAGCAGCUCAGUGGAAGGGAUGGAUGACAGUGCACACAGGCCUCAUCCAUCGUCUCCGUGGUUACUUGUCAAGGUCAUGUAAAAAGACAAAGGGGAGGGGGGGGGGGAGAAUCUCCUCACUUGGAACUUUUGCAUUUUGUAAAUGUGUAAAUGAAAUCUUUGCUACUGUGUUAUAGGUAGCCUCGGAGAGUGUGGGGUGUGUCUGUUCCUAUGUUUAUUAGAUUUUUUUGUUUUGUAUUUGAGUGGUUUUGCUGCUCGUUCCAUGCCCUCCAUAGACUGUUCAAGGUUUGCGUAUGUUUGGAUGUUGGUUCUUGCCAUGUAUUGGUUAACGAAUGACUUGAUGGCUGACAAAAUCUUAUCAACGUGAUUAAAAGUUAAUGUUUUUA